AUGGGAGGAUUAAAGAACUACGAACUAAUAAUAAAGCCUGCAAUAAAUUAUAAAUCAGUGAAGGAAGUGAAUGAAAUAGAUGCUGUUCAAUUUACGAUUGUGAAGAGGUCUCAAAUACCAACGUUUCUCAAGAUUGUCUCAAUUUUGAUUAGCAUUUUGAUUAGUAUUUUGUUUGUUUUAUAUGUUUUGGAUAGCUCUGUAAUAACAGCAACAAGAAAGUCGAGUGGAAACAGUACCAAUGAUAUCAGUAUAAUAGAAUUGGCUAAAGCCAAGUUAGGUUUAAAAGGCUGUUUGGUGCUGAUUUGUGUUAUCUUUACACACAAUUAUUUGUUCUGUAUUAUCUUUGAGGGAGAGUUGAAGGAAUCGUUGCUUGUGUUGAAAAACAUUGGAGUUCAAUCGACGACAUUCAAGAAGAACAUGAUUUGGUUUUUGCCUAUAACCAAAAGAGACAAGUUUAUUCCCAUUGAUAAGAUUCAAGAUGUAAUUAUUCAUGAAGGCUUUGAAGGCUUUGAAGUGAUUUUCUACUUAAUUUUAGCUAUCAAAGAUGGGGAUGGAGACGAUAAAAAUAACAUCGAAAGAUAUAAUAAUAGCAGCAAAGACAAAAAAGCCUUUGAGUUGAAACAAUUGAAGUUGGAAGUUUUAUUUGGAAAUUUAUUACCUAGAUUGGAUAAAUUGGAACCGAUUUAUCAAAUCUCGAGGCAAGUUUUAUUUCAUGAUAAAUACGAUAAACUACAGAUACCUGGAUAUAUCAAGCAGUUUUGA